AUGGGCCCAGCUGCAGCAGCUCACCGCUGCUUAGCAGCAAACCCCAGCCCCCCCAUCUUGCCCUCUGCAGUGGUCCACUGGUCACGUCCUGCAAGCUCUUUGCCUUCCACUGGUCUCCACCUUCCUCAGCAGUUCCGGGGCCCCCGGGGCCCCCGGGGCCCUUGGGCCCCGAAGUUGCUGUGGGGCCCCCCGGGCUUCUGUAGGGGCCCCUCGGGGGCCCCGGUGGCUUGCUGCGGGCCCUGGGGGCCCCUGGGGCCCCCCCCGCCGCCUGCUGCUGCCUGGCGCCCGCAGCAGCAGCAGCAGCAGCAGCAGCAGCAGCAGCAGCAGCAGCAGCGGCGGGGCAGCUGCCACGUGCGGGAGGGGGCCCCCCUGGCCGGGGGCGGCGGGCCCGGCGUGGGGCCCCUCAGGGGGGCCCCCCAGUUUCGGUCUCGAGAAAAAAGUUUGGAAAAGAACUUUUUGGAAAUUGAUUUGGAUAAUCCUUCGAAGCUUUUGGAGCACUUCGGGGCUUUGCUGGGCCGCGGGGCUUUGGAGCCCAGCGCGCCGCAGAAGGCCCUCAUGCAGCGCCUGCAG